CUGGAUGAGCUUCUCAAAUACGAAGUUAAUCGAUCGAUACUACAACGAGUACACGACAUCGGGAGAGAGAAUACAAUGGGGUCGUCUAGAGACUCGUGGUACAUGGACGUUGUUGCUGCCACUUGCUUUGGAACCUGCAGUGGCACAGCGAUAUAUUUCAAGUUGGCCUACGAACCCAAGUGGGCGAUAACGUGUUAUGUAGAGCUCUCGGAUAAGGGCAACAAAGUGACGAAGAAAAUAUUCCCCGCUGGUGAAGCGAAUAUCUUUGACUGGUUUACAGAGAUAGUGCAGAUGCAAACUACCACAUCUUCAUAG